AUGCCCGCGAUCGAUCUUCGCGCGCGCACGCGCAACGCGAAGCCGAGACACGACGCGCGCGUUGAUUUUUCCCACCCGCCGCGGUCGACGAAACAGAGCGAGGCGUCGACGAGCGACUCGGAGGAGGCGAGGCGGAGGAGACUCCUGGGCGAGGCGCUCCUGCGGCUCGACGCGCGCGUGUUCGGGGCGCCUUGGUGCGAAAGAUGCCGACAGCAGAAGGAAUUGCUCGCGGAGUUGAUUCCAAAGAAGUGGUCUAGAUUGUACGUCGAUUGCGGGCGGGCGUCGAGGUGCUUGGCGUGCACGAAUUGUAAGACGACGCCGACGUGGCGCGUCAACGGACGGCGAUACCCGGGAGCGUUCGACGUGGACACGUUGACGGAAUUAGUCGGCCUACAGGCCCAGGGAUCGCGGCAGGAGGUGACCGAUCGGGUUAUUGACGCCGUUGACGCGGGUGACCCGCUCGGUGGGCUUAAACUCGGAGAUCUACCCGUGGGCGGACGCGACAGGCGCCACGCUCGAAGGAGCGGAUGGGCCAAGCGCGCCGCGGUACGGCUCGCCUCGCUCGGACGGGGUAAGUUUUGGUGCGAGUUCGGGGAGUUAUUCACCGAGUCUGUCGCCGACGUCGCUAGACGAGCCGCCAAGGAGGGUCGGGCGCUCGCACCGAUGUGA